AUGCCGGCCAGCUUAAAGGAGGUGGCCCCGAAACAGAAACAGACAGUCAGGAUCAAUUCCCUGCCCUUUCUUUCCCAACCGCAGGAAACCAUGGCAACAACGAUCAAAGUCGCAGUCACACAGGCCGAGCCGAUCUGGCUGGAUCUUCAGGCGUCCAUCAAGAAAGCGGUAUCGCUCGUCCACGAAGCCGCAAGCAAUGGCGCAAAGAUCGUUGCAUUUUCCGAGACAUGGGCCCCGGGCUACCCUGGUUGGUGUUGGGCCCGACCGGUCGACCCGGCGCUGAACACGAAGUAUGCGUACAACUCCCUCACAGCCAACUCGCCCGAGAUGGAGCAGCUCCAACAAGCUGCCAAGGAAGAUUCAAUCGCGGUCGUCAUCGGCUUCUCGGAGCGCAGCUCUUCCGGCAGCCUGUACAUGGGACAGGCCAUCAUCUCGCCGCAGGGAGAGGUGGUGUUGCAGCGCCGCAAGCUCAAGCCGACGCACAUGGAACGCACAAUCUUCGGCGACGGGUCCGGCCCGGACCUCAACUGCGUCGCAGAGCUCGACUUCGGGUCGGAGCUGGGGUCCAUCAAGGUCGGCACGCUCAACUGCUGGGAACACGCUCAGCCGCUCCUCAAGUUCCACGAGAUCCAGCAGGGCGUCGUCAUUCAUAUCGCCAUGUGGCCGCCCAUCGACCCCUACCCGGGCGUCGAAUUUCCGGGUCUGUGGAGCAUGACGGCCGACGGGUGCCAGAACCUGUCGCAGACGUUCGCCGUCGAGAGCGGCGCGUUCGUGCUGCACUGCACCGCCGUGUGCAACGAGAGCGGCAUCGAGGCCAUGGACACGCGCAACGGCAUGCUGUUCCGCGAGCCCGGCGGCGGCCACAGCUGCGUCAUUGGCCCCGACGGGCGACGCCUUACGCAACCCCUGGCCGACAAGCCGAGCGCCGAGGGUAUCGUGUAUGCCGACCUGGACCUGACCAGGGUGGUGACCAACAAGAGUUUCCAGGAUAUCGUCGGCCACUACAGCCGCCCCGACCUCCUCUGGCUUUCGUACGAUAAGGAGAAGAAGGAUGCUGCGGUACAUCGGAACUGA